AUGUCCCUUAUCCGGGCUGGCCCUCUGUGCAGGCAUAGCAGUACCCAGCCUCUCACUCAUGCAUACUCUACAAUCCAACAGGAGAAUUCUGCAUCAAAUACAGCAGGCAAAUUUUUGGCUAAGUUUCAGAAUAUUGGGCCCCAAAAACGAACACAGAUUCUAGACGCCAACCAACUACAACUCCUCUCUCUAACACUCAAUAAAAAUAACCUAUAUCCUGGCUCCCCCCCAUUUCUAUCCCCUCCUUCCCAGGCAGAAAAGCAGACCUCUUCUGCUCCUAUUGCUGGAACCCCAAUCCCACCUGGCUACCACUUAGUAUAUUUCACGCCUCAAUUUCUAGAGGAACAUUUGGGACCAGAUGGGACAGACGUCUCUUAUAACCCUGACCCGCCCUUCACAAGAAGAAUGUGGGCCGGUGGGGAGAUUAUAUGGCCACGCAGGAAAGAUGGUGGACGGCCAAAUCUACUGAGGGUUGGCCAAACUGUGACCGAGACAACAAAGCUUCUAAGUGCUGAGCCGAAAGUUAUCAGAAAAACUGGUGAGGAGAUGAUUGUUGUUGGUGUAGAGAAGGUGUUUGAGAACGAAAAUGGCGUUGCGCUGAUAGAUAAACGCAACUGGGUAUUCCGCAAGGCUCUCAAGAUACCAGCUCCGGGAAGUACUGCCCCAAAGCCGCAGCAGCAUAAUAGCAGCUCCUCGAUCUCCUCGGGAUCGCCAAUUCCGUCAGCUUCGGCAAAUACUUAUACUCUUAGCCUAAAGCAGUCACCAGUAACAUUAUUCCGCUUCUCUGCUCUCACCUUUAAUUCACACAAAAUACACUACUCGGUACCCUGGGCCCAGGAUGUUGAGGGACAUAGAAACAUAGUGGUCCAUGGCCCGUUGAAUUUGAUUUCAAUAUUGGACUUUUGGAGAGAAACAAGAAAGGAGAGCGAGAGGGAACCUGAAUAUAUCGUCCCAGAGAAUAUCAAAUAUAGAGCAGUGCACCCCCUAUAUGCGGACGAGGAAUAUCAUAUUGUCCUCGAAGAUACACAGGGGAGCGCAAUGGUUAAUAUAUAUAAUUUCGAAGGCAAGGUCAGUAUGAAUGCGGACAUUGUUGGUUAA